UUGUUAUGUUUUUUCGUGUUGUUCCUUUUGCCCGGAAGGAGACGGAUAUUUGAAAAGUAACUUCUCAUUGUUGAUUUGGAUGUGAUGUUUGCGGUACUGCUGUCCCACAUUAUCUAGUAGGCUUUGUCGCGGAGAAUCGUAGGAAGGGACAUUUCUAAGUACGAUUGAAUCCCGUAGACCUGGCAGUGCAGUCGUGCUGUUCUAAAAUAGCAUUAUCAUUUUUUUAGUAGUUGGAAUUGGCUUAGAAAUAGCAGGUAGGGGUCUGGAAAGGCUUCGAAGAUGUCAGACGCGGGCGAGGAGGAGCUGGACCCCAGAAUAGAGCAAGAAUUAGAGCGGCUGAACUCAUCUUCGUCGGACAUCAAUAAGUUUGAAAAGGAGCUUGAGUCCAUCCAGAAAGCAUUUGUCGACCUGUCCCGGCAAGCAGGCAGCCAGCUUGCAGCAUAUCAGAAGAAGCUUGGUGUUGCCGUGGAGAGAGCAAGACCGUAUUAUCAACUGAAAACGAAACUUGACAAGGCACAAGCUGAGCUAUGUGUAUGUACACAAGACUACGAAAAGCUCAUUGUUGGAUUCAAUGCCGCCGAAGAGAUGUUGCGAGCAUCCGAAGAAAAGCGAGAGUCGUCACCAACGAGUGAGACCUGCAAGAUUAUGGUCGAGAUCUCCAGAUCCAAGGUGGGUACAAUAUCCGAACAGCUAGCUGCUUCCAAGGUAUCACACAGUGAGAAGUACUUGAAGGUCGCUAACCUCAACGAGCAACUGCAGCGCUUGAAGCGAGACAACGCUCGUCAUAUCGCCAAGUCUGAGCCAUAUUUUCAAGUAUACGAAAAGAUGUGUCGGACACUGGAGGAUAAGAAGGCCCAGCUUGGUACCAUCACCGCCAGCCUGGCGCAGUCCAAACAAACGUACAGUGAUGCGCUAGCCGCUCUGGAGACCAUAUCCAAUGAGAUCCACAAAGUGCGAAGUGCCCUGGGCGACGCCAUGCCAUCUGCUCCCACCUCCGGCACGGACAGCGAGUUCGACUGCCGACCAGAGCAACGAGGGUGUCAGACGGCGCCUGACACCACGCCCGACAUCAGUCUAAACAAAGCCAGCGGAAUACGCCCUCAUCAUAGUGUCAACUCAGUGGGCACAACGUCUGUGGCAGACACGGCUGAAUGUGAUCGCGACCACCAUUGCUCAUCCGCACCCGUAUCCGCCGCAGCACAGCGUUUACCGAAGAAAACACUUCGGAGUCGCUGGACCGUGUCCGCUAUCGAUCCCAUGGCAUUGGGCAGAUUACAAAGUCUAGAUCUGCCGGUGACCGUCGAGUACUCUGAAGCGGAGAAGAGAAGAGUGCUAAUGAAAACGUUCAGUGUUGAUGCGUGUCAGCUGAUGGGUCCAGAUGCCAAGGACUAUUCUCCCAAGCUGGGUGGUUGUCAAGACGUUUCAGCAGCGCUGUCACCCAUAGCAAGUGCCUUGAGACGCUACUCUCUACCCACAAGAAAAGGGCUGGCACGUGGCGAGUCGGAUGCGGCAAAGCACAGCCUUCUAUCAGCUCUGGCACGCACAAGCACGGAUAGCGCCAGUGCCAAGGUCGUCGAUGAGGAAGCGUCGUCCGUGUGCUCGCACCAGUCAGGCUCGGUGUCUUCCAUCGACGAGGCAGUGUCCAUGUUGAAAGCCACACUGUGAGAGAGGCACACACGUGCCAGAGUCCAUGUUGAAAGCCAUACUAUGAUAGAGCGCCAUUCCAACAUGCCGUAGCUCGUUGCUGCAAUACCAAUGGCAUCAACAGCAGUGACAGCAACAGCAGCAGCAAGAGGAGCAGCGGUAACACCAACACGGAUAGCCAGGUAAUGGACAAGCUUUGUAGGGAUGAUGUACAAGCAACAUCAUUUUCUACAGCCUAGUCCAGCAGCUAACAUGAUGUUGAAUACGCAAGGUGACUCUCACGGCAGUGUCCACUCAGUGUUGACCUAUGCACACAGCGUGUGUGUUGCACUCUCGUGCACUUGGCACUGCUGUGCUUCAUACCUGCCGUGUUUGCCUGGGACACGCUAGUACUAAAACAACCUUGCCGUAUACAGUGCCAUUCGCUCUGGUCAGGUCACACGUAGAUGGCCGUUGGGUUGGCAAGUCGACUCCCAUACCGUGUUGCCUGCGAGAGGGGCUGGUUGGUUGGCGAUGGUACGCGCUAUAUGCCACGUUACAUUUUCCAAUUGCCAAUGAACGCGACAACGUGGCCAUAGUGCGUCGCCAGAUGUCCUUCUUGCACACCGCUAUCUACCUCUCCAUCUCGUAGCCAGGCUUGGCAUACGUGUAUUCUUCCAGGUUUACUCAGCCACUUCUAUGUGACCUUCGCUCACUUGAAAGAUCAGUCUUAUUGUGCUGCCCAUGCCGACCAGCCACUGCAAACAGACGAGCAAAGACUAGAGCAGGACCAAAUGCUCAGCUUUCGCAAAGCAGACUGUUGUGAUCGUCGCUCUGAUCACUUUCAACAUAAUAAUUUUCUUGUGUCGUACUUUUACAGCAUGCCGCAUGUGUAUUACCUGUAAUAUACCUGCUACCUGUAAUAUACGUAUUUCCAUGUUGCUCUUUGACAGUGUUUCAUGCUUACAGUACCUGUUUCAGCUGGCGUGCUUUGCCUGCCCUUUUACUACAUCGUCCUGUAUGCGACGUUUGGUCGUGUCUGAUUUAGUUUACUUUUACUCCUCGCUGUUUUGUUUGUUUAAAAUGAUAGUUUAUUCGAGUGUGAGUGUGCGCUUUUCACCUGCUAUACCGUUUUUAGUUUAUGUUAUGGCUAGAUUAAAAGUCUUGUGUACGCGUAA